GGGUACAAGUGUCAGCUCUCCAAGAAGAGUUGAUUCCAGCAAGAUCAGCAUGAAGUUGGUAUACCUUGUCCUUGGUGCAGUGGCCCUCCUUCUCCUGGGUGGCCCGGACUCUGUCCUCAGCAGCUCCAGUGGGAACCUGCACACUUUUGUGGGCUGUGCUGUGAGGGAAUUCACUUUCAUGGCCAAGAAGCCAGGCUGCAGGGGACUUCGGAUCACCACAGAUGCCUGCUGGGGCCGCUGCGAGACCUGGGAGAAACCCAUCCUGGAGCCUCCCUACAUUGAGGCCUAUCAUCGAGUGUGUACCUACAACGAGACCAGACAGGUGACAGUGAAGCUGCCUAACUGUGCCCCUGGAGUCGAUCCUUUCUACACCUACCCGAUGGCUGUCCGAUGUGACUGCGGGGCGUGUUCCACUGCCACCACUGAGUGUGAGACCAUCUGAAGCCAGCGUCGUCACAGCUGGUGACCCAAACCUCACACAUCCACUGGCUCCAGGAAUAUAUCUGCUUUAUCCCCUGCAUUCAAUCUGGGCCAGCCCAAGUUACCUGCCUUCUUCUAUGUAGCUUAGGCACAAGGUUCAGGUGCCGCACGCACACUUAACACUGAAAAUGUAAAGCAAUUGUGGCCCUUCCCCAGAAUAAUCUCUGGUGCAGACGACUGCAGAUUCGAUUUUCUUUGCUUGACUUUUGGACCGUGAAUUGUCUAUUGCAACCCUCUCCCAGGUUCUGUUGCUACUGUGCCUUUAUUUGAAGGAGUUGGAUGUCAUUAAGCGGUGGAAAGCCUUUCAAUCCCCACAUCCUGCCAUUGAGCUUGG